CAUUCGAUAACUGCCGUAGACCACAAACACUCCUGGAAUAUUCUUCUUCUUCUUCAUAUUUUCUCUCUGGAUCUUCUCUCUGAGAAUUUCAUACCAUGAAACUGGACCAAGAACUCAAACAAGAAGGUGGUAACGUGUGCAGAACGAUCAAGUUCGUUGAGCCACUUCGCACGCUAUCAACAAUGGCUACCGGGAAAGUUGAUGCUACCGGCGAAGUGCUAUAUCCUCCUCUUAACUUCUCCAUGGUCGAUUAUGGAAUCUACCGUUCUAGUUUCCCGGAUUCUGCCAACUUCUCGUUCCUUAAAUCCCUUGACCUCCGCUCUAUCGUAUAUCUGUGUCCUGAGGCAUAUCCGGAGCAUAAUCUGGAGUUCCUGAAGUCAAAUCGGAUUCAAUUGUUUCAUUUUGGUAUUGAAGGCACUAAGGAAAGCUUCUAUGAUAUUCCUGAAGAUACCAUUCGAGAAGCCUUAAAAGUUGUCCUUGAUGUAAGAAAUCAUCCUUUGUUGAUUCAUUGUAAAAGAGGAAAGCAUCGAACAGGGUGCCUUGUGGGAUGUUUAAGAAAAAUGCAAAAAUGGAGUCUACUUUCUAUUUUUGAUGAGUACCGAAGGUUUGCGGCUGCUAAAGCAAGAGUAUCGGAUCAAAAGUUUAUGGAGUUGUUUGAUGCGUCUAGCUUGAAUUUGAAGAGGUACGAGCAAAACACCGAGCAAAAAAAUAGCUAG